UUCCCAUCACCCAGCAGCAUACAAUUUCAUCGGUUCCUCUUUUCUACGUCUUUUGGUGCGAUCGUAGCCAUGGCCACUGCCGCAGUUUCAUCGGGAACGGCGACUGCUAAGCGAAAGCCUGUGUUCGUGAAAGUGGAACAGUUGAAGCCGGGGACGAGCGGUCACACGUUGACCGUUAAUGUCGUUGAGGUCAAAACUAUCGUCCCAACCAACCGGAAGGCCCGGUCUGCGGCUUCUCUUACUCAACCAUCUCACCCGAGUCGAAUCGCUGAGUGUCUCGUCGGCGACGAGACCGGCUGUAUUCUCUUCACUGCUCGUAACGAUCAAGUUGAUGUUAUGAAGCCAGGAUCUACUGUCAUACUGCGCAAUUCCAAGAUAGAUAUGUUCAAGAGCACAAUGAGGCUUUCUGUUGAUAAAUGGGGGCGUAUUGAAGUCACUGAACCUGCUUCUUUUGCAGUCAAAGAGGAUAACAAUCUUUCGCUUAUCGAAUAUGAAUUGGUUAACGUGGGUGAUCACUGAUUUCUAGUUUUUGUUUUUUAUGGAUGAUUAGGAUCUUCUCUAGUGAUUCUGAAAGAUAAACGAGUCUCCUCUUUUCUCAAGUUAACCAUAAGGGUAUUUUUUUCUGGUAA